UGCUCACUCGUGUUUGGACUCUUAACCAGUUUGUGCUGCUCAGCUGUUUGUAACGUGCUGCUACAGAGGAUCUGAGAGUCACCACCCACAGCCAAUCAGAGUGUGUGUGUGUGUCAGUCUGCUCUGCUUCAGCUGGGAAAAGGAGUUCAGUAACUGGUGUAUGGCAUGGAGCAGAGAGAGGAGGUCAUUCUGCAGCCUUGAGUCUCUUGGAAGAGGAAAAAAGUGUGUGUGUGUGUGUGUGUGAGGGAAGAAGAGGACGAAGUGAAGGAGUGACAGAAGGACGGAGAAGAGACUGAAAGCUCUUGGGCUGUGAUUCUGUUGGUCAGGGGCUUUUGUUUUUUGGGAUCUUCUUGGUUUUAUGGCUUCAAAGUGAACACACACACACACACACAGGAGAUUUGGAACCCAGCCAGAGGACAGCAGAGACAAGACAUCAGUAUGGCAGACCCUGUGAUGGACGAGUCCAAUUCUGUCCCUGGGAAGGACGAGCUGGACUGGGGCUACGAGGAAGGUGUGGAGUGGGGUCUGCUGUUCCCAGAAGCGAACGGAGAGAAUCAGUCUCCCAUCAAUCUGAACUCCAGAGAAGCUCGUUAUGAUCCUCGGCUGCUGGAAGUCGGUUUAAUGCCCAACUACGUGGUGUGUCGAGACUGUGAGGUCAUCAACGAUGGACACACUGUCAGGAUCAUGCUCAAGUCCAAAUCAGUGGUCACUGGAGGUCCUCUGCCCUCUGACCACGAGUUUGAGCUGCAUGAAGUUCGCUUCCACUGGGGCAAGGAGAACCAGAGAGGAUCUGAACACACCGUUAACUUCAAGGCCUUUCCCAUGGAGCUGCAUCUGAUCCACUGGAACAGCACGUUGUUUAACACAGUGGAAGACGCCAUGGGCAAGAAGAACGGCAUCCUCAUCAUCGCUCUCUUCGUCCAGAUUGGUAAGGAGCAUCUGGGACUGAAGGCUGUUACAGAGGUGUUACAGGACCUGCAGUAUAAAGGAAAGACGAAAAUAAUUCCGUGUUUUAAUCCUAACACUUUACUUCCUGAUCCGUUAUUAAGAGAUUACUGGGUGUAUGAAGGAUCGUUAACAACGCCGCCGUGUAGCGAGAACGUCACCUGGAUCCUCUUCCGCUACCCGCUAACCAUCUCUCAGAUGCAGAUCGAGGAAUUCCGGAGACUCCGCUCUCACAUUAAAGGGGCGGAGCUUCCUGAAGGGAAUGAUGGGAUGCUGGGAGAUAAUUUUCGACCCACGCAGCCUCUGAGUGACCGUGUGGUCAGAGCUGCGUUUCAGUAAAGUGCCGCUGCAGCAGUCAAUCAGUGAAACACUGACGGUGACGGAGCCGAGCUGGACGAAGGAAUUGGAACCUGCUCAUUAAACCUGCUUCAUGUGAACACACCUUAACGUACUUCCAGCCCGACGCUAACCCUUCACAUAACACGCUAAAAAGCUAAAAUUCACUGUGUGCUACAACAUGCCACAUUACACCUGAAGAACAAAUCCCAGUGACCAGUCCAGAAUUCAUCAGGACCUUUAUCAAGGUGUAACAGGAAUCAGUUACACACACAAAACUUUAGACAAAUUAUUCCUUUAUUAGCUAGCUAAUCCUCCAGGUUCUGGUUUGUCUGUAGUUUAAUUUGCAUUUUACUUGCUGGUUUAGCAAAAAAAAAAAAAAAUCCCAGAUAUUAUCCUAAUAGACUCUAACUAGCUGAUUAGCUCACGACAUUAAAGUAGAUUAAAAAGAAAAUGUAGCUAGCAUUGUAUUGUUUGUUUGUAGAUGAUGUUAAAUUUCAUUUCAGCAGCUAAGCCGCUAGCAUUAGAGUUAGCAUUCCUAGGUAACAUUUUUUAAGAAGCUGCUCUGAAUGUAGCGCUACGACGGGAUGAUGUGCGCCGCAUCGCUAGCUUUCCCUCGUUUUUUUUCCCGCUUGUCUUUUGAGCUGUCGUAUGUUCUGCGACUCGUGUAGACGAAACGCUCGUACUGUAACGUUUAGUUAGUUUUUUAGUCGGAAGUGAAGAACAAACCUUAAUGCUUCUACAUCAUUAUUUACUACACAGACCAUGUGCUGGUGUUUAACCUCAAUAAAAUAAUUUUUAAAUUAAA